AUGGCCUGGAGAAUUCCCUUAGGAAUGUUCUACGUUGUCCCCAACAUUAUCCUCAGCCUGAUUUGGUUCGUUCCAGAGUCUCCCCGUUGGCUCCUAUUGCAGGGGCGCAACGACGAAGCCGAGGCCAGUCUAUACAAGCUCCUUGAAGGACCAUUUUCAGAGAAGGAGAUCGACAGUCAGUUUGAGGAGCCCAAAUACUCCUUUGAGAUGAAACAAGAGAAGGGGAGAUUUUCGCAAAUCUUCCGCGGCAACCACCUCAAACGAACGUUGCUCUCAAGCAUUUGCACCAUCUAUAUCAAAUCCCUUGGCACAAUCAAUGCGUUCAACUUUUCCCUCAUAUUGGCCGCGGUCAAGAUAACCGCCUGCACAGCAUAUCUUUUCAUGGCUGAUCGAGUAGGAAGGAAACGUCUCCUCCUGAUCGGCGCCGCCGUUCAGUGCGCAGCACUCAUGACUAUGGGCGGCCUCGGCACGCCCAAGCCGGUCACUUAUUCGUAUAAGAUCGGCAUCAUCUCUAGCCUGGCUGUCAUGACGGCCGGCUUCUCGCUCGCAUGGGCACCCUUAACAUAUGUCGUGAACCGAGCGUCACUGACACAUCCUUAA